CUCAGGUAUCAGGUGAAACUGGUCGGGCGCGCGGGAGAGGCAGUGGUGGCCGGAGCGCGGCGGAAGGAUGGCUGGGCGCCGCGGCCUGUGCUUGCUGCUGCUGCUGCGCUGUGCGCUGCUGGCAGCCGCCACUCCCGCAGAGAGUAGUGGAACCAGCAGUUCAAAAGGAAGAAGUUUUGCUGGCCGGAAAGUUCCAAAUACAAAUAAUGCCUCCGAAGAGUUAUAUGAAGUGGAUGAAUUUGCAGCAAAAGCCCUCACAGGAAAGUUGACUACAGUUUUUCUUCCUGUUGUCUAUAUCAUUGUCUUUAUGAUUGGUUUGCCAAGCAAUGCCAUGGCCCUCUGGGUCUUUUUUUUCCGAACAAAGAAAAAACAUCCAGCUGUGAUUUAUAUGGUUAACUUGGCAUUGGCAGACCUCCUUUUUGUUGUCUGGUUCCCACUGAAGAUUGCAUACCAUGUAAAUGGCAAUAAUUGGCUAUUCGGUGAAGGUCUCUGCAAAGUAGUUGUUGGAUUUUUCUAUGGAAAUAUGUACUGUUCCAUUCUCUUUAUGACAUGUCUCAGUGUGCAACGGUAUUGGGUUGUAGUGAACCCCAUAGUGCAUUCAAGAAAGAAAUCUGAAAUUGCCUUGGGCAUCUCCCUUGCUAUCUGGAUACUGAUUUUUUUGGGCACCAUUCCAAUGUAUCUUGUUAAUCAGACAGCAUAUAUUUCAAAUCUUAACAUCACUACCUGCCAUGAUGUGUUGCCUGAAAAUGUUUUGGCUCAUGAUAUGUUUAAUUAUUUCCUCUCACUUGCAAUUGGACUCUUCUUAAUCCCAGCUCUCCUCACUGUUGUUGCUUACAUACUGAUGAUUAAGACUCUGAAUGCUUCCAUCUCAGAUGUAAGCACUGCGAAGAAACGAAAAAGAGCAAUCAAACUCAUUAUUGCUGUCCUGUCCAUGUAUCUCAUCUGUUUCACACCUAGCAAUGUGCUGCUUGUUGUGCACUAUUUGCUCCUCAAAACGUACAGCCAGAGCUAUUUGUAUAUGUCGUACAUAACUGCACUGUGUCUUUCUACUUUGAACAGUUGUAUUGAUCCAUUCAUCUAUUACUAUAUUUCAAAAGACUUCAGAGACAACCUUAAAAAUGCUCUUCUUUGCCGAAGCGUGCGAACUACACGGAGGAUGCAAGUGUCUCUCUCAUCAAGCAGAUACCCCAAGAAAUCAAAUUCUUAUUCUUCAAGCUCGAAUGGGACCACUAAAUCAACCUACUGAGUUUAAUCCUAGAAAAGCAAAUUUUAUUGCUACUACUGAAAGGAUGUAAGUGACAAGAGAGUUAUUUUGUACAAGAGAGUCUGAAGAAACGUCUCUGCUUUUUAAUUACAUUAAAGCCUGGAUUUCAGAACUGGCAGCUGCUUACCCUGUGUAGAAUUUGUAAGCAGAUAAAUCUUCCCACUAGACUAGGAAAAAAAAUGAUGACAUUUCAGGUGCUCUGCAAAAAUGCAGCUGACCUGGAAGUGAGUUGUGGUUGAAGACAUUUUUGUUCAAUAUCAAAGUUGUUAAAAAGCAAAAUGUCACUGGAAUGUUAAUGUAGUGUUGCUAGUAUGUUUAAUUAACAGAGAAAUCGGUUUUGUUUGGCUUUAACUGUAACUUAUUAAACAGCUGCAUAGGUAGGACCUUGCUCUGUGUACCUGCUUGCACUGAACAUUAUUUGAAACCAUAGAGAGAAGGAAAGAAGAAUCCAUUUCACCAUCUUGGUAUAGACUGCUUAUUAUCUUCAGUAUAAUGUAAUUUUGUAUUGUUUUCCAAGUUACCAUGCUGUAAAUACGAACACAGCAAAAGCCUGUAAGGUUAUCCUAUUGAGUUGACAAGCUGAACUUGUUAUCAGCUCGCACCGAGAUAAAAUGUUAGUUGAGAUUUUACACUGUUACUUAGCACUUGCCAGUACAUGAUCUUAGGUGGGACUAUUUAACAAAGUUUGGAUGAAUAGCUAUUUGAUUUUUAUAUAAUGUGCCUUGUAUUUUUAAGAUACCAAAAUAAGAUUUUUUUAAUAACA